UUAUGACUUUGUGGCUGUGGUAACUAGUGACGACCCAAGAUUGCCAGAGUUUGUCAUAAAAGCGCCCUUAAAUUGACUCCCGGUUCAAACAGAUACAUUGACCUUCGUGGACGUAAGGAGGAAUCAACGUUAUGUCACUGCUCAGAAAUGUGUUUAUUGUGUCUGCUAAGCGGACCCCGUUUGGAACCUACGGUGGGGUGCUGAAGGAUCACAGUGCAACAGACCUAGCAGAGCAUGCCUCCAAGGCUGCCCUUGCUGCUGGGGGAGUUGCACCUGAGCUUGUCAACAGUGUUAUCUUUGGAAACGUAAUGCAGAGCUCUGCAGAUGCUCCAUACAUUGCCCGUCACGUGGGCCUGAGGUGUGGGGUGCCCAUUCCAGUGCCUGCUCUCACCGUGAACCGCCUGUGUGGGUCCGGCUUUCAGUCAAUCAUCAAUGGCGCUCAGGAAAUCUGUUUGAAGGAUUCAGAGGUGGUGCUGUGUGGCGGCUCGGAGAGCAUGAGCCAGGCGCCAUACGCUGUCCGCAACGUCCGCUUCGGAACCAAGUUCGGACUCGACCUCAAGCUAGAGGACACUCUGUGGGCGGGGCUUACUGACCUGCACAUUAAGAUCCCCAUGGGCAUCACAGCAGAGAACCUGGCAGUGAAAUAUGAGAUCAGCAGAGACGACUGUGACAAAUACGCUCACCAGACCCAGCAGAGGUGGAAGGCAGCCCAUGAGGCGGGCCACUACACGGCAGAGAUAGCACCCAUCGACGUGAAGGCAAAGAAGGGCAAAGUACCCAUGACCCAGGAUGAGCACCCUCGUCCCCAGACCACCCUGGAGCAGAUGGCUAGGCUACCCCCUGUCUUCAAAAAGGGAGGAACGGUUACUGCCGCCAACGCAUCAGGUGUGUCUGACGGCGCUGCUGCCGUGGUGAUAGCCAGUGAGGAAGCUGUGAAGGAGCACAAGCUCACCCCAUUGGCAAGAAUAGUGGCCUAUCACGUCUCCGGCUGUGACCCAAGCAUUAUGGGAAUCGGCCCAGUCCCAGCCAUCACAGAAGCCCUGAAGAAAGCAGGUCUCACCCUCCAAGACAUGGAUCUGGUGGAGGUGAAUGAGGCAUUUGCUGCUCAGUACCUGGCUGUUGCCAAGGCAUUGGGUCUGGACCCAGAGAAGAGUAAUGCUGAUGGGGGGGCUAUUGCCAUUGGCCACCCCCUGGGAGCCUCUGGAGCACGCAUCACUGCUCACCUGGUCCACGAGCUCAGGCGGAUUGGAGGAAAGUAUGCUGUGGGAUCAGCUUGCAUCGGUGGUGGUCAGGGUAUCGCCAUAAUCAUAGAGAACACUCACUGAGGAACCGAGCAAACCAUCCACAGUUAGAAUACCAUCCACACUCUUAACACACACCACACCCUACAUACUCAAUAGAGUACAUGCCAUAUACACACUCGAGUAAGACCUUAUGUUUUUGUCUAAGGUAGAGUUUUCUUAGUAUUGACUUAAUGUAAGAAUAUCCACCUUCCAAUGUAAAAAAAUAAAUAAAAUUAGGCUCUUUGUACGUUUGACCCACACUUCAAAUUAGACAUGACUCCAGCAUCUACACUCAGAAAAAAAAUACAAAGAUCUCAUAAUUACUCCAGAAAAUGGUUGCUGUUUCUCUGAACACAGAAGACAAUGGUAUUUGUAUGUUUAGGAACAUAAAUGUCUAAACUUCCUUUCUUGGAUGUUUCAUAUUCCUGUUACCUUUUUCUAAAAGACAAUAUGGGUUGCCAUACAUGAACAAUCUGCUUAAAGAGGCCUUGUGAAUCUGAAGGGCUAACUCCUGUUUUUGUAAGUCUUUGUUUGCCUUGGAGACAAUGCUAGCUCAUACAGGACAUAGCAUUUACAUCUCGCUGUAGUAUAUGAAUAGUUGAGGUGAGUGUUAUUGAGUUGAGGUAACCAAUGUUGCUUUCUGUGGAAAGAGAAGUAACUGCAUAAUUGAUCCAGAAUUUCUUGCCUGAAUUAUCACUCCUUUGCAUGGAUCACCAUUGCCUUAUCUACUGGAGAUAUAUAUGUGAGAUGUGUGUAUGAUGUAAGGUUGCCUGUAAAGAUCUUGUUUUUUUUUUAUGAUUAAAGUGAAAACCUGGGAUUCACAAAUUAAUGUGU